UCCAAAUCAGUCGUGUGUCAAGUCACGUUAGCUGCACACCCACAACACAGCCCAGCCACCACAUCCCUCACACGUCAGUCGCGACCCACAGCCACCCACUCGGCAUCGUCAGGGAUCAUGUUGUCCCCUGGCGGCUCACGAGACGCGUCAACCUGCCGAUCGAAGGCCGCCAGACUCACCACCGCAUCGGUGCCUGGACUCAUCAAGUGCAGCUCGCCAUGCACCAUACGCCACACACCCCUCUCGACCAGCUGAAAUGAAAGACAGGGAAAGGCCCACAGGGCAGGCAGACACACAUGGUAUGGUCUCUUCCCCUCUCUCGGUCCUGCCUACCUUGUUGGCUGCAGUCUGGAAGGCAGGCUGGUGUGGCGCCAGGAGGAUGACCCGUCGUGUGUCGGCAAGCACCCACGAGCUCUCCCCCUCAUUGUUCAGGUCGCUCAGCAGGUCAGGAUCCACCCCAGACCGUGGCGCGUUGAUGAUAAGCGUGUCUGCCCCUUCCGCCAGCGCCAGCGCCCCCUCGUGUGGGCGCAUUGUCUCAAAAGCAAAGGGCCGCGACGAGAUGGCAUCAGGGGCCUCAUCGAGCGUCCUGCCACACACACAGACGGACAAAGGAUGCAAAGGCGGAUGGAUGGAUGGAUGGACGUGUCAUCAGUCGCUUACCGUGAGAGGGCAUCGAUGAUGAAUUCGUUGCCGUCACAGCAGGACACGGCCCUCACGUGUGGCAGCAGGCUGAGGCCUAGGUAGCCCAUUCCAGCGUCCAGCUCACACACGAUGCUGUCCUUCGGCGGCAGCAGCCGCCUGACUUGUUGGAGGAGGAAGGCGAAGUGCUGGGGGUUGUGUGGGCGGGGGAUUGGGGGCGUGGUGAGGAGCUGGAGCGAGGAUUUGGCGUCGACGCUGUCUCGCAGGUAGCCGUCUCCUUUCCCCCAGAUCUUCCGCCACUUGGCUCGCUGCAAAGUUGCCAUCUGAGAUGGGUCAUCCUGCACACAUACACACAACACACAAAUUGCAUAAACCGUCACUCAUUCAUUGUGGGCGUUGAAUGCAUUGCUGGCUGACGUUGAAAUGCGCCCAGAUAGAGUGGAAGACGUCUGUGCGGCUUCUCAGGUUUUUGUUCAGCACGUCGAUGGCCGGCCGACACCCGGCCACGUUCGCCGCAUUCCAGUACUCUGUCAGCUGCACCAACCCGCUGGGCCGCUCGACAAUGAACCCAAAUGCCCUCAGAUCCCCCGUCCGCAUCUCCGCAUCAUAGAUGCUGAUCUUCAUCCGGUUCAGCGCACCCUCAACCGCACUUGCCGCAUCCGCAAUCCUAGGGUGAUGCGCCCCGCACUCAGACGCAGGAACGAACCUGCUGCCGUCGGCCCCCUUCUCCCUCAGCCCCAGCUGAAUCGGAGAGGCAGCGUCGCGCCGAAAGGGGAACAGACGAGCGCUGAUUCGAUAGCCGGUAGUGGGGCCGAUGAAGACGUCCACACGGCCGCUGCCGCCCAGUCUGCUGGCGAGAAACUCUCUGGCCGCCUGUGCGGGGGAUGACAGGGCCGAUGUGUCGAUCACCAGACGAACCGAUUCGGUGUUGUCAGAGGUGAAGGGUGACGGGGUUCGAUCACGAGAGCCGCUCGAUUCCUGCACACGUGCUGCGGGGAAGUACUGAUCGACGGAUGUAUGCCUCGUCCGCCGCCUGCGGGUCCCCUCAUCGCCUUGCCGCCUCGCCAAGCCAUGAGAGUCCCGCUGCUGACUGCCACCUCUCUGAUCGCCUUCUUCUCGUUUAACCCUCGCCCGUGGUCUCCUCUUCUUUAUGACUCCUCUCCACUGAGGCUGCGACUCCCAAUUGUUGCCGAACCGAGGCUCUCCAGAUCCCCGAACGGGUAGCGCAUCUGUGGAGUCUUCGGCGGUUGGUGCGGGUGGCUCUUUUGCAAUCGGUUUCCGUCGUGCUCGCAGUGGCCGAUAACAUCUCGGUUCUAUACUCCUGGCCAGUGGAAGCAGCGUGACGAAUGCGGCACGGGCACCACCAGAGGGGAUGAGAACGCACAUCGCGACGGCAGCAGCGACCAACAGCAUGAUCAUACUCGACGUCCGGGGAGUCAGUUGAGAGGUUGCACCUGUGCUGACGAGCGGCGACGAGCUGCAUGCAUGCCAUGUAGCACACACACCACAGCCACAUGUCGACAGUGAGUGAUGAGUGCUCAUCCAUCCAUCCUCCCAUCCUCCCUCCUUACUUGACCAGAUGUGGAUGCACUGUGAGAUGAUCUCACAGAGGAGGGCUGCCAGAGCAGGCAGGAGAUAGAUCAGCACCUCCACAGUCUUCCACAGCAGCUCACGAGGCUGGAUCUCCUCCAUUUCUCGUCUCC